AUGCGCGCAGGACGGACGGCGAGAGAACCCAAGACGCUGCAGACGCUGGCGACGGCGACGGAGACGGAGACUGCUGAGGCACAGGACUGCGAGAACGGCUGGCCGAUUGAGAAGAGUGUGCGUGAGAGCGCGAGACUAUGCUAUUGUGUCCUGAUAGCGCCGCUGCUAGUUGUUCGUAUUCCCGCCUGCGAUCUUGCGCGGCCUUCCAGAAGCCCCCGGGCCUCGCUGCUAGGCCAGAAGCAGCGUCCCUGCCGGCCUGAUCAGCCCUGGCUAGCUGGCUCCCGGGGCGCUUGCACUGCACCAACACGGCAUAGCCCUCCACCACCUCUACGACGGAUACAAGAGACAAAGACAGAGAGAGACAGGGAGGGAGAGACAGACGGCGAGACCGAGUUGAUCACCGCGGAAGGCGUCUUUAGUCGCGGGAGUCGGCGAUCGUACCGGUCUCGAGAGAGAAAGGACAACGGCCAACGGCGUCGUAUCCUCCCUACACUCCUGUUCUUCCCCGGCGGCUCCAUCGACACGAGCCUCUCCAGCGAUCUAUCUCACCCUUGA